AUGCCACGAUGGAGACGCAGAGAUAAAUCUCGAUCCGAUCAAGAUACAAUAACCACGCGCAACAAUUUUGCUGCCUUGGCCGAGAGCUUCCAGGGUUCGCCGGCUCCCAAACCUGCCUCGACAGCCGUUGCUUCUCUUCGUGCAGUGUCUGGUGGUUCUCCUGAUUCGACGAGGACUACGACAUCUUCCCCGAACCAGACUCUUCCCGACCCUGCGGCAGCCCAAAAGCUCGCGAAACAGCAUGCCGAAUUUGGUCCCCUGGGCGAUCCCUCACAUCUCUACACUAGUGAACACCCUGGCGGAGAGAUCCCCGACCCGAUUCUCGAUGAGCCGCCUUAUUUUAUCGCUCUAACCACCUAUAUCAGCUUCCUGGUUCUAAUCUUUCUCGGCCACUUUCAUGAUGCCGUUGCCAAGUGGUUCCGAUCCCACACGUAUCGACACUUGAGGCCGCGCAACGGCUAUGCCUCGCUGUAUAGUGAUUUCGAGAGCUUUUAUACCCGUCGACUGAAGCAAAGAAUCAACGACUGCUUUGAACGGCCCACGACGGGUGUCCCCGGAAGAUAUAUUACCUUGCUCGACCGGCAAUCGUAUGACGACAACCUCAAUUUCCAGUUGACCGGGACGACUACAGACACGCUGAACUUGAGCUCGUAUAACUAUCUUGGCUUUGCCCAGUCCGAAGGGCCCUGUUCCGAUAACGCCGAAGAAGUCAUUCGACAGGAUGGUAUUAGUAUGUCAGGCAGCUGCGGCGACGCAUCGACGUCGAAGCUCCACGUCGAGGUGGAAAACCAGGUGGCGCGGUUCGUGGGGAAGGAGGAUGCCGUCAUCUUCUCCAUGGGAUUUGUCACGAAUGCGACCAUUUUCCCCGCGAUCAUGGAGAAGGGAUGUUUGAUCUUGUCGGAUGAACUCAACCAUGCAUCUAUCCGGUUCGGUGCGCGUCUCUCGGGGGCUUCCAUCCAGGUGUUUGCCCACAACAACAUGGCCGAUCUGGAGAAGCGACUGAGAGAAGCAAUCUCCCAGGGCCAGCCCCGUACCCAUCGCCCGUGGAAGAAGAUUCUCGUCACAGUGGAAGGCUUAUUCUCCAUGGAAGGCACUAUGUGCAACCUCCCUCGGAUUCUCGAACUCAAGAAGAGAUACAAGUUCCAUCUCUUUAUCGACGAAGCUCAUUCAAUUGGUGCGGUCGGUCCCCGUGGCCGUGGCGUGUGUGAUUACUUCAAGAUUGACCCUGCCGAGGUCGACAUUCUGAUGGGCACUUUCACCAAAUCCUUUGGGGCCAAUGGCGGCUAUGUCGCCGCGGACAAAGCGAUCAUUGACAAGAUCCGCUGCACCAACGCCGGCCAGAUAUUUGGCGAAGCUCCGGCUCCAUCGGUCCUCGCCCAGAUUUCUUCCUCGUUCCGACUGAUCGCUGAUGAGGACCCCCUACAUCCGGGCCAGGGCCGCGAGCGGGUCCAACGGCUUGCCUUCAACUCGCGGUAUCUCCGGCUAGGACUGAAACGACUAGGCUUUAUCGUGUACGGUCACGACGACUCGCCUAUCGUGCCGCUGAUGCUGUACAAUCCCGCCAAAAUGUCGGCAUUUUCGCACGAAAUGCUUAAACGCAAGAUCUCGGUGGUAGUAGUGACCUACCCUGCUACGCCGCUAGAGCUCUCCCGUGUGCGCUUCUGUCUGUCUGCAGCCCAUACCAAAGACGACCUUGACCGCCUGUUGAUGGUGUGCGACGAGGUCGGCAACGCUUUGCACCUGAAGUACUCAACGGGAAUUGCAGGCGGGCUGAGGGAACCUCUUUCCGCCGACUCGGCGAAAGGGGGCCGGAAAGCGAUCGAGCCUCCUCGUUGGACUCUGGAGGAAGUCAUUGAACGGGGCACGCAAGACGCAAAGCUGCCCUUGUAUUGA